AUUCAGAGGAAGUACAAUGGUUCCCUUACUGCUGUUACUGCUGCUGCCUGGACUGCUGGCUGAACAAGUUUGUUUCCAAAUUUCAGAUUACACCACAAUUAAUAACAUGACGGAUACCAUCAUCUCUGACAAUACAACUCGUUAUGUGGACUGCCGUUAUGCGGAUGGAUUGCCCUGUCUCAUUGAAUGCACGCUGAGCAACAUAACACAGUUUACUGGAUCUAUUUGUUUGAAGGCUGAUAAGAAAAUAAAAGGAAGUGUGGUUGAGUACAACAUGGAGCCAUAUACCACUUGUACUGUGUACCUUUGCAACGAAACUAAAAUCGUUGAACUGAUGAAGUCAUUGGAGACGGAAGAGUCCGAACAGAUGCAAUUGUCGAGACUCCUCCACAUAAAGAAAUCAUGUCCACAUCUCUUCCAAGUCAGCUAUGUAGUCAAGGCAUCAUAUAUCAGUGUGGAAAAGCACAUGAUCCAUAACAUCAUGGGAAAAGCCCCGCUUGAGACUCAAAGCUCCAUUACCUACAAGAUGAAGGACUUGUCUCUGAAUGUGAUCAACAUCACUGAAACUGAUCUCAGCUCCACCGACCCCAUCAUCAAGAUAGAAGCUCCACAGCUGCUGCCCCAAAACACUUCAUUUAUCCCAGAGAUUUGGCUGCCUACGUUCGACCUGCAGAACAUCCCAAUGGAGAAGAGGGUUAUUGGUUUGGUCAGCUACAUGGAGCAGAGCCAAUUCCAAUUUGAACAGGAAAAUAUCUCAUCAAUGAUUCUGAGAAUAGAGGUACUGGACGGCCAACCUCUUCGUAAUCUGAAGACGCCAAUUGAGAUGACUUUCAGAAUUUUUGACACAUAUACAAAUAGUACUCCACGGUUACAGUGUCGCUAUUUUGAUGAACAUGAUUCAUCCCAAUUGAGCUGGAAAAAAGAUGGAUGUGUGACCAAUUAUACCCAGACUGACAUUAUUUGCAGCUGUAACCAUGCAACACCGUUCGCAGUCCUCCUGAUUGCAGAAACUGAAAUACCAGAAGUCCACUGGGAAAUCCUGUCAUACAUCAGUUACAUAGGCUGCGGCCUGUCUGCAUUCUUCACUGCUUUGUCCAUUGUCGUAUAUGUCUUCAAUCGAAACCACAAAAUGGAUUACUCCAUCUCUAUCCAUGUGUGUCUGAGCGGGGCCUUGUUUCUGCUCAAUACAACCUUCCUACUGACUGAGUGGGGGGCCAAUAUGGACCCAGACUGGGUGUGUGUGUUUGUCGCGGCUCUCAUGCAUUACUCCUUGCUCAGCUGUUUCACCUGGAUGGCCAUAGAGGCACUUCACCUCUAUCUUCUGCUGAUAAAGGUGUUUAACACCUACUUCAAACACUACCUGGUCAAACUGUCUCUCGCUGGAUGGGGGAUCCCAGGGAUAAUUGUGGGAGUCUCUUUGGCAGUGAAGGACUUCAAACAGUUCUAUGGAGUUAAACAAAUGAACAUGGCAAAUAGUAACCAAACUAGCGCCAUCUGUUGGAUCACCGAUGACUCGUUCUUCUACUCUGUGAACCUGGUGUAUUUCACCCUCAUAUUCAUCUUCAACACCGGCAUAUUGGUGGUAGUGUCCUCUAACAUCUGCAAGAUGAAACAGGUGUUCAGGAACACCUCCACGCUCGGAGCAGAGGCUGAGGGAAACCCUAGGAUCAACUCUGAGAUGGCCAGUGAGUCAUGCAAGAGUGGCUUCACUGUGAUGGGUCUGACCUGCCUGAUGGGGACCACCUGGGGCCUGGCCUUCCUCGGCUCAGGAUAUGUGAACUUACCCAUCCUCUACCUCUUCUGCAUCCUCAACUCCACUCAAGGUUUCUUUAUCUUCCUGUGGAUCUCCCUGUCAGUCAAGAGGCAGAGGCAGAGGGAAAUGGAGGACAGAAUGAGUUCAUCUGGUGUGAAGACUUCAGGCGUCAAAUUUGAUUAGAAUCAGUUUCCUGCCAAUGCUUCAGAUAACAAAGCUGUGGUGUAAUUAUUGCCUAACUGCAUGUAACCAUUGCAGUAACAGUAACUUGUGAUGUAAACAUUGAAUACUUAACUGUUAACAUGGCUAAUGAAAAUUAAUAUUCCACCAAUAUUCCUGUUUAUAUGCAGUCGUGCAUACUCUGAUUAAUACGUUUUUCCAUUUAAAAAAGGUGGACAUUGAGAUAUUAGCGCAUAAUCAAGAACCUUUUGAUAUUCAAGUCUUUCAUAAUGUGAAUAUGUUGGUGUGCUUCCCCUUCCAACCACAAAUGCACACUAUUGCAAACUGUUGACACACAGAUCUGACCGUAAACAGGCCGGAGGACUUGUGUUAAAAAUCUAAAAGUGUAUUUCAAAUGUGGUAUCUUAGGCUGUGUAUAUGAGGCGAUGACCAUGCAAUCAUGCAACCAGCAAGAGAGAGUACAGGAAAGAGGAAACUACUCACACAUCUGCACUGGCUCCAAGUUGCAGGUUACACUCUUUUAGUAAAAGCCGCCCUAUGUAUCGAACUAGACUCGUUUAGUUCUCUGGCGGUGGAGCAAACUUCCAAACUCCAUCCGAUUUGAUCCCUCUCAAUCUUUAACCCUAUAAAGCCAAGUGUAUCAUAUUUGAUACACAAGUUUUUGAGACCUAAACAUCAUCAGUGUGAUAUUUUUUUCCUGAAAAACCUGACGUGUUGAAAAAAAACAACAACUGAGCAACAAAUUGCACAGAAAUACAAGAUAUAGCAAAAAUUAUAUGUAGGUUCCACUGGUGGAUCAGUCAUUGCUGCGUGAAAACUUCAUAUCAGCAGAUGCAUGAUGUUGUGUUAUAUGAAAAAAAAUAUUUUGCAUGUUUGAGGAAAAUGUUAAAAGAAAGUAAAGUCUUAGAAGGUUAAAAUGUUGGGUUUUAUAUGUUUUUGUUAGUUCAAGGAAAAACAAACUGUGAGCAACAAAUUGCACAAAAAGAACUGAUGUAUCAAAUAUGAUACAAACUAAAAUCAUAUACGCCUAUUGUUUUUAGAUUUUUUUUAAAUGAUCUGUCAGCAGGUUCAAAAAACACUCCAGUUUAAAAAAAAAAAAGAAUUUUCUGGCAAUUAUUUAAUGGUUCAGGCUUUAUAGGGUUAAGAAGAGACUAAAGACCCAGCUUUCCACUGAACACCUUCACACAUAAUCUAAACAUAUGAAGAAAAAAACACAACUUGCACUGUCCUUAUACACUGCCUGAUAGCAUUUAUGUCCUAAUGGACUCAACUUACUCAUGUAUUGUCCUUUGACUUCAUCUUUACUUGUGUUGUAUUAACUCUCAAAUGUUUAUCGCUUUGGAUAAAAGCGUCUGCUGAAUAAAAUUGUAGAAUUGUAGUAUUGUAAACACUCCAGCCUUUUGCUGACAAGAAUAAUUGGAAAAUGCUACAUUUGGAACAAGACGGAUUUCAGAAUGUCCAAACAGAGUAUGUUGUUUAUAUGACCGGUAUCAAGUUUGGAAUAUUGUCAUAAUUGCAAUAAUAGUGGCAUAUUAGUGUAAAUGUAAAUGUAGCCACUGUUCUCUGUACACUGUAAAAAAAAAUCUGUUUAAUUUACGGUAAAAUACCGGCAGCUGUGGUUGCCAGGACAUCACCGUAAAAAAUACAGUGAGGGUAUGUAAAUGUAAAUAUCAGCAAAAACUGUAAUUUAUACAGAAUAAUCCCAUUACUUUUAGGAUAAUUGUUUCAUCAUGGUAUUUCUCCAUUAACUUUACAUGAAAAUUUUAUAUUUUUACAGCAAAACUGUGUGUUUUCUACAGUUUAUGGCGGUAGAAUUUAAAGUUUUAUACUAUUGUUUGAUUUACAGUAAUUAAAAGUAUCUACUACGGUGAUGUACAAUGUUUAAUUUUACGACCUAUUUCUGAUGCAAUUUGACAGUUUUUUACUGUAAUUUAAACAAACAUUUUUUACAGUGUAUCUUUAAGUCAAAGCCUCUCCACUAAAAAUGUGUUUUUUUUAUGUUUCUGACCUUGAAUGUACUAACUUGUAUCUGUGCAAAGUUUGUAAAUACAGUUGUGGUGUUUUCAUAUUUUCUACUGAAGGGGGAGAUGUCUGUGCAGCUCCCUAAAAUCUGAGAUUCCCCAUCUGAACAUAAAUAUUUUGUAUAGCUUUAAGUCAGUUCUGUCAUUUAGGAAAAGCUGUUUUAAGUUACACUUCUUGAAAUCAUAUGCAUAGCUUUGAAUUAUUCAGAUGAUACUGUAGAUUAAAGCA